AUGUCGUCUCUAACACCAAGUCAGGCCUGCUUGCAACUCAGCAGCGAACUAUCAGAACAUCCACCCGCUGAUCUCGAAUUCAAGAGCCAGCAUGAAGCGGUAGUCUCUGGGUUGAAGACUGCAGCCAAUGAUCCAAACAAUGAGACGACAGGAGUUAUGCACGCCACGAGACCUCUGGCUGCAUAUCUCCACACAGCAUCUCAGCUCCCGCAUCCGACUCACCAACCGCUCUUCACUGUCCUGGUCGAUGCUACCCGCGAAGUCCCAUUCUGGCGCUCAUUGUUUGGUCUGGACAGAAAAAGCGACCUGCAAGAAGAAAGACUGCAAGUGGCCGGCGAAGUCCCUCCUGAUUGUAUCCUGGAGGUUGCGAGGCGAAUUGUAGCCCGGCCAUGGCUCGAAUCGAAGCAAGAGGAAAUCCGGUCUGCUCUUCGGAUCAUCGCAAACUGUUGUGCGGACAAUAAUGUGAAUCGGAGCGUGAUCAUCCGCAGAGGCGGCGUGGAAGCAAUGAUGGCUAUGGUACAAAACAAGCAGGAAUGCGACCUAGUGAUUCCUACUUUGUACAAUGUUUGCAUCGACUACGACAAACCUGCUGUCGACGACAAAGGAAACCCAUGGCCAUCACUCCCACAGGUGAGCAGAGACGACGAACACGAUGCUGGACCAGUGGUCAAUGCUGCUGAGCAGAAACUGGGCUUGUUUUGGGACGCCAACAAUUCAGUCACGUCAGUCGAGAUCCUGCUCGGAGCGAAGGAAUCUGCGAAGGACUGCUUGGAUAUGCUGGCUGAUCUGGUGGAGAUGGCGAGCCGAGUCGCUCUCUACGGUCUCCACCAACUAGUCCGCAGUCUCAACAAGGACGACGCAGAGGAAGUGCAGGGAACGCGCAGUCUAGGACUGAUUCAUUCUCUCCUGACACAGGGUGCCGAUAUGGCCGACUAUGACACCGACUGCCGUGUCCCAAUCUGCCAAGCGGUUCUGAAUGUCCUAGCCCACCGAGGCUGCUAUGGAGCUUUGAUCGAAGACAAGGACGCAAUCUGGAGACUCAUUUUUCUGCCAUAUCCUGCUUACGAUUACGGUGACGACGACUACGAUGGAGUGCAGGAGCCAUACAGAAAAGCCAUCCUCAAGAUCGUGUACGAGAUCUCUGCGCUCAGUGCUUAUGGCGACAAGUUCGAUGACGACUCGACCUUGAUGCGCAACUGUGUCGACUUACUUCAACGCUAUGGAACCGACAUUUCGCUAAUCCAGGCAGGGAGAGAUAGGCCCCAAAAUCCCCGCCCAUGGGCGUCCAGUUGCGUCUUGCUUGCCAACAGCAUCACUUCUAUGGACCGCGCCAUGCGCCUGUUGAUUUCAACUCCCAUAGCCUCCGCGCUGGUGAGGUUGAUGAUCAGGACCUCUGAUACGAGCGUUCUUGUUCCAGCAGUUGACCUCGCUACUCGCCUCGCACUAUGCCGUGAAGGUCAAGAUAUAUUGCGUGAGGCCAACAUGAUGUACGCAGCGCACAAUCUGCUAAGACUGCCAAGUCAGACUGGUGACGGUAGCACCGAGGUCAAGCGCCAGGCUGUAACCCUGAUAAGACUGUUGAUCAAGGGCAGGGCAGAGUACUUAUGGAAUCUUCCCUCUGACUCUACGCCACCAGAAGGCCUCACGGAAAACGACACCAAUGAAGUUCUGCUUGCCGCCAUGUGGCUGUUCAAUAACACUGAUGAUACAAUCACCAAGACCGAAACAGGCAGACUGUCAAUCGAGGUCCUCAGAACCCUUUUCACUUCUCCACCGUCAUACCCUCUCCCAUCCGCAGCAGAAACAGAAACAAAACCAUCACCCCAUUCUAACAUCGACCAAUCGACCGAGCAACAAAUCGAGAGCAAACUCCUCUUCCUAGUUGGGCGACCUGAUCCAGCCUAUCCGCACCCGGACCUGACAAUUGCCGAUGCAAUGGCCUAUAUCAUCACCCAGCCGCAGCGACAGACCACCCAUCCCGAAUCGGCAACCCGAAUCCAGGCAGAGGCAGAGGCCUGGUUUGGUCUUGCUCUGCUGUCAAACCUUCCUGUCGCACGGCCUUGGAUUGUAGCCACUAUGCACCGCGGACCUCUACUGGAACGUCUUCGCGAAAUUGUCACGCAAUCCUCAUCGCUCGACCUUGAAGAAAACAGCAUUGAUACGGGGCGAGAUUCGAAGAACGGCAUAAGCUUGAUCAGCGAUGCACAGUCCGGCCUCGCUGAGGGCCAGGAUAAUGACAGAGUCGGCGAAUUGAUAGUCUCUGCGGAGACAGCCUCGUCCCUUUUCUCUCAUCCGGUUCAGGCUGCGAAGAAAGGCCCUGAUCCUCGCUACGAGAAUAUCAAGGUCCUCGUUCUGAAGCUUCUACAGUCCGUGCCGCGUACUGCUUGCUCGACCACCAGCACCACCUCAGACACUCUUUCGCCGUCCCAAGAAGGACAGCUUGAAGACAGAGUGAGACAGGAGCUCAAGUCAGCUGCAGUCGAGCUUGGCUUCGACGGGAUUCUUGCCUGA